GCUUAAUAUUUGCCGUGAAUCUGGGAACCUGGUCGCCGGCGGUGGCGGGGUGCGUGAGCUGUGCGGACGUAAAAAAAUGCCUAUCUGAGGCAGUUUCUGGUUGCACAAGACCUGGAACCUUCAGAAGAUGCUUUUGUGUGGCCUUGCAGCUUCCGAAAAGACCAGGAAAGCAUGCCCUGCUCUCAUGUGUCACCUGGAGGUUGCAGAGGCUGUGUGUGCAGAGGUUCCGAAGGCCAUCUGAGGAGGCACAAUAUUUUCGAGGCGUAAAAAGAUAAAAUCUCUUGAGUCAAGUUUGAUUCUUGGUGACCUCAUGGAUAGAGACAGAUCUGCAAUUUUGGGAAUGUUGCAGUUGAUCUGAAAUAUCCACAGUGCCUCUGAAGAAAAGAACACUCAGGGAAUGUUUACAGCUGGAUAUUUUUAAUGUUCAUGAGAUGUCUCCUAGAACUGCUCUCCUGAUGCCAUGGAUAUUCUGCUUCUUAAAGCACUGGUGUUGGUCUUGGUCAGUUGUUUUACUGGGCUUCUUUACUACCAGCCCAGCCUUACUUUUAAGUGGGAAAGAGCAGUUUUCAAAAAACCAAAUUUCAUAGUAAUUUUGGCAGACGAUAUUGGAUGGGGAGAUUUUGGAGCCAACUGGGACCUAAAAAAAGGCACACCUAAUUUGGAUAAGAUAGCCCAGGAAGGAAUGAGAUUUGUAGAUUUCCAUUCAGCUGCAUCUACCUGUUCCCCAUCACGUGCUUCUCUGCUUACAGGACGUCUCGGCCUUCGUAAUGGCGUCACCCAUAAUUUUGCUGUGACUUCAGUGGCAGGCCUUCCAUUGAAUGAGACAAUAUUGGCAGAAGUUCUGAAAGAAGCUGGCUACCUCACUGCUAUGAUAGGGAAAUGGCACUUGGGACAUCAUGGCUCUUUCCAUCCCAUCUUUCGUGGUUUUGAUUUUUAUUUUGGGAUACCAUAUAGUCCUGAUAUGGGCUGUACUGACACUCCAGGUUAUAACCUCCCUCCCUGCCCAGCUUGUCCCAGAUGCUCCACAACAGUCGGUAACCAUCAGACAAACUGCUAUCCUGAAAUCGCACUUCCUCUUUUUGAAAACCUUACAAUUGUCCAACAGCCUGUGAACUUAACUGCCUUAGCUACAAAGUAUACAGAAAAAAUUAUUCAUUUCAUUCACUAUGCCAGCCAGAAAGGCCUCCCUUUCUUCCUGUAUCUUGCUCUGGCUCAUAUGCAUGUGCCUUUGGUCUUGUCUGAGACACCUUGGAAUCAAUCUUGCCAAGAUCCCUAUGGAACAUACUUGAAAGAAAUGGAUGCUUUGGUGGGACAGGUCAAGGAUGCAGUUGACAGCACAGCAAAGGAAGAUACAUUCCUCUGGUUUACAGGAGACAAUGGUCCUUGGUCUGAAAAGUGUGACUAUGCAGGAAGUGUUGGUCCAUAUACAGGGAUGUGGCAAAAAACAAAAGGUGGUAGCUCAGCAAAGCAGACAACGUGGGAAGGGGGACACCGUGUUCCCACAGUAGCAUACUGGCCAGGGAAGAUCCCAGCAAAUAUGACGAGUCCUUUGAUGUUGAGCACUUUAGACAUAUUUCCUACAUUGGUAUCUCUGGCGAAUGCCACCCUUCCUCUCAACAGACGAUUCGAUGGAAUAGAUAUCUCUGAAGUCCUGUUUGGCUACUCAAGCAAAGGACACCAGACAUUGUUCCAUCCCAACAGUGGUGCAGCUGGAAAAUACGGAGAAAUACAGUCCCUUCGGUUGGACCAAUAUAAAGCCUUUUAUCUUACAGGUGGUGCCAAAGCAUGUGAUGGAAGCAUUGGUCAGGAAGUACAUCACCGGCCACCUCUCAUUUUUAACUUGCGGCGUGAUAUUCAAGAGCAAGAGCCGAUGGACAUUCACAGUGCUGAGUAUCGUUCUGUCUUGCCAUUAGUAAAUAAGGCCUUUGUGGAUAUUCUUCAGGAUAUUGCUUCAGACAAUGUCUCUAUAGCAGAUUAUUCUCACGAUGCAGAUGUGAUCCCCUGCUGCAACCCCCAACACUUGGCCUGCAGAUGUGAAUCUGCUUAUUCUAACUUAUCUUUGGAAAAAUGCUAAACAACUUCCAAGUUAACAAGCAUCUGUCCUCCCAGAACUAGAAAUCAAAUGGGUGAAACUGCUACAAAAAAGUACAACAUUCUUGGUUUGGAUUUUAUAUAAUAAUUUGUCAUAUCUUUCUACAGAAUUUAGCUUGACUGAUAACUGAAAUAUGGGCCUAAAAUGUUUAGAUGGCUAUUUGAUACCCCUUGAUUAAGUCCAGCUCACCUAGAACCCAACAUCACAAUGUUAUGUCUCCUUCUCCCCUUUGUACAUCACAGAAAAGCAGGAGUGGAGUGUUAGAACAUAAAACAAUUGCACAAACAGAAAGGCAGGAAAGAACUAUAUUGUUAAGAUUGAAUAUUUUUAGGAGAACCAUGUGCAUUUCAUAAAGUCAGAUUAUAAUCCAAGUACCUCAAAGAAAGUUUGGCAUUGACUUGAAGUCAAUCCCAGGCAUCAAAUGCCAUCUAAAGUUAGACAAUGUUAAAUUUGAACAAUUAAGACAGUUGUGAUUUUUUUUGUAGUAAUAGAAUGUGGUUAAUUUUUUUAUCAACCAUUUGACAAUAUUAUAUGUAACAGUUUCUUUUCACAGUCAUUCAGGCUCAUAAUAUAUUUUGAUUAUUUUUUUUUUUUAAAAAAAUAGCUCUCGCUGUUGAUUUCCAAACUUGAUCUGUGUUUGAUUUUCCCUGAAAAGAAUAAUUGAGGCAAGGGAAAUAGGUAGCCACUGUGUUGUAAACGUAAAAAAAGAUUUCCAUGAUUUUACAUGUGCAGCAAUUUAUCCAUACAGCUUAAUCUGGACCGAUAGCAAGGCUUUUCUUACUCCUUUGCUGCACUUUGCUUCCUGAAAGGGAAGUGUUUGAAGGGGGUUAUGCAUGCAUUUAUUUCCCAAGUUACACAAGAAGAAGGAAUAUGAGUGGAAACACAGCUCCUGUUAACCUCAUGAUUUUAUUGACAAAUAUUUCAGCAUUCCUCCAACCCUGGAAGUUGGGGGAUUUCCUUUUAUUCAAGUAGAUAAUUGCAAAAAUAUUCUGCAUGGGUAAAUUCUCAUGAGUAUACUGUACAAAGACGUAAAUCAGUAGGUUCUUUUCUAGGUACAUUUAUACAUGGCAUAAAUAAGAAAAGGGCUAGUUGGAGUAUAAAAUUCAGCUUCAAUCAGAUGCAUUUAUACUGUGGUUCUUGAGAAGAGAAUAAUGUGCAUAUACAGUACAUUGAUACCAAACAUAGAGCAUUUUAAGAAAAUACACAAAAGAGGGGCAGAAUACAUCAACUAGCAAAAGUGAAACAUACUGUGUGAAAAGUACUGGAGCGUCUCUGGUUUGCCCCACGUUUGUGGGUUCUUCUACAUUCCCCCUUGUUUUUCCAAACUACCUCCCAUCCGCCGCUCUGUGUUGUGUUGCUUGCCUCUCCUCAUGAUCGCUUCAUUUUGUUCGUCUGGCUUCCACGGCACAAGAUUAUCUACCAAAAUCAAAACAGAACGGCCUUACUUUCCCUGGUCAUGUGCGUUGAGCAUGGAGUGUUGCAAACAGGCUUGAGAUGCAUGCAGAGGGAAGCGGCGGGGAGAUGAAAGUCAUGGCAUAGUUUCACUUUUGGCAAAGCUGAUGGGUUUCUGGGCCUCCCUUAGGGCUUUGUCCUCGAUUGACAGAAAAAAUCUGACUCAGAAAUAAGUGUGUGUUGGGAUCUAGACUUAAAAUAUAUUCCUGGGUUAAACAAUGGUUCCUGUACGUGUUUUGACUGCAAACAUACACACUGGAACAUCUUGAAGAAUCAGUUAUUUAAACAUGUAGAAAAAAAGAAAGGCAACAGCUCAGCAUAUUGGCUAAAAGUAACAUUUAUAGCAGUGUUUCUCAACCUUCACAAUUUUAAGGCAUGUGGACUUCAACUCCCAGAAUUCCACAGCCAGCAAUGCUGGCUGUGGAAUUCUGGGAGUUGAACUCCACAUGCCUUAAAAUUGUCAAGGUUGAGAAACACUGAUUUAUAGUGUAGGUUUGUCACUCCCAAUGGCCAUCAUGAGAAGCUGUCAAUAAGAGUACAAAACAAACAGAGUUCUUGUAAGACACAGCAAGCCUUCUUGGCUUUUUGAAAAGUGUCUGAUUCUUCUGUUUUUCAAAAUCUUAGUCAUACUGUUGGUGCUUUACUUCACCAACUUUUGAUCCUAUUAGCGGUAACCCAAAGUUUACAUUCUGACAUUACGAAGUCACAACUGAACCAGACUCCAGCAAGAGAAUAUGGUACUACUGUUGCUACCCUUCUUAUGCAACAUAGUGUAGCAUUGAACAUGCCCUGUACUCUAGAGUGUAACUUAUUAUUUCACAAUCAAAAACUAGAUGGCUCUCCUCCUAAAGCAGUGGUUCUCAACCUGUGGGUCGGGACCCCAUUUGGGGUCGAACGACCAUUUCACCGGGGUUACCAAACAAGACUGUCCGCCAUUUUUCCCCCUUUUCUUUGGCCACGCCCCUGGCACCCGGUGAUGUAUAAGUGGUUGGGGGUCACCACAACAUGGGGAACUGUAUUAUGGGGUCGCGGCAUUAGAAAGGUUGAGAACCACUGUCCUAAAGCAUUCGUGUUUAAAGGCAGAUCAAGACCCCAGUUUCCAUAGUUGUUCCCAUUUUCCAUAGAGAGACGACAACUUUUAUCAUAUCCAGAACAAUUCCAAGUAGAAAAUGCUACAUGCCAUCAUUUCUGUAAUGACAUGUUUAUUGUAUUGGUACACAAUAAAAGACAAAUAAGGCACAUAAGGAAAUGUGGUAUAUUAGUGGAUUAUGGAUAUCUGGUUAAUAGUUAAUUAUUAUUUAUCCCAUCUUAGUAUCUCAGAUCUGGUAUGGUAAAAUUAAUUCAGCUCCUUUUGGCCUUGUGCACAUCUCUGUAGUUUUCUUGGCAAUAAUAUAUUUCCAGAAUUUUUUUUAAUUUUUAGUUUCAAGUUUAGAGAAUUCUUGGUGGUCUCUCCUCUUAAUACAGUACACAUCUGACCCUGCUUAGCUUUUUGAGAUCAACUCAAGACUGGCUAUAUCUUGUCAUCUAGCUCUGCCUUAGGCUAGGAUUUUUGAGCAGAUGAAAUUACAGUAAAUAUCCAAAAAUAUGUGACAGCAGAUAGUAGUAAGUUGGAUCAGUCAGUGCAUCUCUUAUUUGUCUGUUUACAUCUCACUUUUUGUUUUUGUAAAUAAAUUCAAGAUACCAAAUAUACACAAUAUUCUUUCCUCCUCCUAUUUUCUCCCACAUCUACAACCACUAUCCUGUGAGUUGAGUUGCACUGAGAGAGAGAAUAACUGGUCCAAAGUCACCCAGUUGGCUUUCAUGCCUAAGGGGGGACUGAUAUAUGGUUCUUAAGAAUUAAAAAAAAACAUAUAUACUUUCUUCUCUGCUGGUAGGGCUCCUAUAAAAUACUGUACCUGGAAUGGGCAAGAGAACAAGUUGCAUUGAAAAUGGGUAGAGACUGCAAUCCUUCAGUCUAGAAUGUCUAAGGGCCCAUCUUAAGGAAUAUUGGAUUUGAAAGAUGUCUGUCUCUGAUUUCAGGAGAGAAGCUAUUAAUGGGGGAGAAACCAAUGGAAAUACUUUAUCCAUCACUUCUGCUCUGUUGAUAGUCUAAGUUUUGAUGUUGAAGUGUUCCAAAAAGAAAG